UAUACUGGAGCCUUUAGGGAAUCAGGGAAGUUACAAUUAAUUACAUGAAAUCACAUCAUUGGGAGUUGUAGGAUUUGACACUAAUUUGGUAGAGUACAAGUUGUAGAUUUCCAAGCAAGUAAGUGUCACGUCCAAGUGACUGAUUGUUAAAUAAUUAAGGAGCAGACGAGUAGAGGUUAGGGCGGCAGUGUGACGGCUAUGGCGGUGGCGGCGACGGCGGCGACCGUCGGCGGCAGCGGCGGCGGCGGCCUAUUGAGAGGCAGCGACGGCACGGCGGCGGCGCGGUUGCGGCGUGACGUCACGGGGCGCCCGCCUCGCGCAAGCGCUCGACUAUCGAGCGGCAUGUGCCUCUCGCAGCCGGCCGACCGCUACGCCCGACCAUUUCACACUUUUUUAUUUUCCCUCCGAUAGUACCGACCGCUGUCACAUCUCGUUUUUCACAUAAAAGUUCGCCGAAACUGUGAAAACGCAAUCGGAACGGGCGCGCGACACUGGCGGCGGCCGUCGCUCGACACCGCCCAACGCGCCGCGUAGCCAGAUCGAAACCAAAAUGGCAGGACGAAGCAGGCUCCUGGGCUGUGCGCGAGCUCACAUCUGACCGAGCGGUUCUGUUCGCGAAUGGCAUGUGUCUCGUUAUAUAAAUGUUACGCAAGUUGAGGACGGAGUGCCCACGAUUAGGUGCAUCUGUUGUUACACGAACUACUAGACGGGGCAGUUGGUGCAGUGUACUAUUGAGCCCAUGUAACGCGCGUGAGGAUAUACCAAUAUGAGCGGUUACGGCGUAGGCCCGGGUGGAGGGAUGUCGGCUGGCGGAGGAGACACUGACUCGCUGACGAGGCGUCUACGAGAAGCAGAACGAGCACGAGCAGAUGCCGAACGCGCUCACGCCGAUGCGCUCGCGCAAUUGCGCAGCGCUCAGCGAUCACCCCUCGACUCAUUAAACGUCGAACAGCUCCAAUCUAGAGCUAGGGAGCUAGAAAAGAAGGCGGCAUUGGAGACCGUUCGUUGCGAGGAAUUACAACUUGAGCUAUCAGCUACUCUGCGCGCUCGUGGUGCAUCCUCAGGCGGGAGUUGGUCAGCGCCGCCUGCGCAACCGGCCUCUGAAAUAGAACGCAUAAUGGCCAAGAUCGAGCAGGAUAAUCGUAUUCUUGCUGAAUUGGAACAUACUAGAUCUACUACGCAUGGUAUGCAAUCCAGUGGAUCUAAUCAAGCUCUGGGCGAGUUCCAUUCACCGACACCUUCGCCACUACCACACUCGUACACGAGUACGACUGGCCACGUGGCCAUUUGCCAAAGCAACACGAUGCCCACACUUUCUUCGCUUCAUGCUACCGGGCAGUUUACAGUCCCUAGCUCGAACUCUGUAGCCUAUUCUAUAAGUGCGCAUAAUCCUACUUCUUACUCUAAUCCCGUUUCCGCUUACUCCACCAAUUCCUACUUAACAAACACUCAUCAAGUUACUUUCACUAAUCCCGUGACGGCGCCACUAGUUAAUAAUAUUGGUCAAAUUUCUAACACCUUGGCAGGAUUACAGAGCAACCUUCAAAAUAUUACUGGUAAUAUGUCAGCCAUGAGUCUCGGCAGCGCUUUAACUGGUCCGACACUAACGGGCACUAUGGCUGGAAGUGGACUUAGCGGUUGCUUAAAUAACGUGCAAACUAGUUUAUCUGGAGGCCUGACUAGUACACUCGGUGGAAUUCAAUCAACAUUAACAGGAGCUUUAUCUAAUCCCCUGGGAAAUCUCACGGGCGCAACUCAACUUAGUGCACUGAAUACGAGCUUGACCGGUACAAGUGCAUAUGGAACGACUGGUACUUAUACAAAUCCACUACUAUCAAGUGGCUUAGGAACAAAUACUAUGAACAUUAAAUUAAAACCUCUAGACGAAAUCGAUCUCGGAAUAGGUAGAUUUGGGACGACCACUACAGGAGUAGGUAGAGUAGCAACUCCUGUAACACCGCAUCAACCUUCGUGGAGCUUAGGAUUAGAUAGCCAAUUUGGACCUGAUAGACUAGGAGGCAUGGAUUCUGGAUUUAGCCACGAUCGAAAUCAAAGAGCUUUGUCAAGGAUCUUACCAAAUUCUGGAUUGGAAAUGGAUGUUCGAAAUACACAUUACAUGAAUGGAGGUGCGCCAGCUGAAGGUCAAGUUGACAUGCUAGAUAUUCCAGGAAAAGGGCGCUGUUGUGUUUACAUUGCACGAUUCUCGUAUGACCCACCUGAGAUUGAAAGUGCCGAAGGAGAAUUAUCUAUCUGUGCUGGCGAUUAUUUGUUGGUUUGGGGUCCGCCAGAUCCCAAUGCUUCUAUGCUCGACGCAGAAUUAUUAGAUGGGCGUCGUGGCUUAGUUCCUGCUAAUUUUGUUCAAAGAUUGGUUGGAGAAGAUCUAUUAGAGUUUCAUCAGGCAGUUGUAGCUACCCUUCGUGACGUGGACGAGUCUGCAACUACAGCGGUCAGCGACCUAUCAUUGAGUCGCGACGUGGCACGUCUCAGUGAAGUGGCCGAUAUAAGCGAAGGACCCGAAGACGAUGACAAUGCCGAGCUGUUUUUCUCGUCGCUAGUGCCCGCGCCACGGCAGCUCACGCUGGAGAGGCAGUUGAACAAGUCUGUGCUGAUUGGCUGGACGGCGCCGGAAGGCGUUCAGCAGGCCAAUAUCGAGAGCUACCAUGUCUACGUCGACGGAGUACUCAAGACUACCGUCAAAGCUACUGAGCGCACUCGUGCUUUGGUCGAAGGAGUCGACUCCAAUCGGCCUCAUCGUAUCAGCGUCCGUUCAGUGACUGUUACUCGGCGCACCUCCCGGGAUGCAGCUUGUACAAUGGUAAUCGGACGGGAUACUGCAAAUAUGGGUCCGACGUGCGUGAGAGCCACAGGCGUCACUUGUUCGCAGGCAGUGAUUUCUUGGUUACCUGCCAACUCUAAUCAUCAGCAUGUCGUCUGUGUUAACAAUGUUGAAGUACGAACUGUAAAACCAGGAGUAUAUCGCCAUACUAUUACUGGUUUAUCACCAAGUACUCAGUACAGAGUGACGGUAAGAGCAAAACAUUUGAGAGCUGGACCUCCAUCAGGUAUACCCAUAGAAGAAGCUCCAGGGGCAUAUACAGACUUCCGAACCCUGCCGAAAGGAUUACCUGAUCCACCAAAUGAAAUUAUGGUGGAAGCGGGACCCCAAGAUGGCACGCUGCUGGUCACUUGGCAGCCGGUCCUGCGCCCUCCAGCUUCUGGUCCUGUCACUGGAUAUGCGGUAUAUGCUGAUGGGAAGAAGGUGACAGACGUUGACUCGCCUACCGGUGACCACGCCCUCAUCGACAUUGGCAAAUUGAUUGGCCUCAAUCCUAAAUGUGUCACCGUUCGUACAAAAUCUCGGGACAGUCAAUCUAGUGACAGUGCACCUACACCUAUUCCACCAGCAGUGCUACGUGGAGUAGCAUCCAGGUUACCCCGAGGGCCUCAUUCCAUGCCUAAUCAAACAGGCGUACCAUACAGAGGUCCACAGCGUCCCCAACCUUAUCAGCACCAGCAGCAAGUGAUCGAACAUGAUGAGAAUUUAUCUGAUAAAGAAAUAUUUCCAACAAGUAAUCGUCACGACCAACAUGCUGCUCAGCCUACGAGUGGAUUCGGCACAGGCCUCCUAAAGAGUAUAUUCGACAAAAUAACCCCUUCGCAAUCGGGAAUACCAGCCAUCGAAAUCACUAAAGAGGGCGCGGCGGAGCUGGGUAGCGAGGAUGAGGAUGCGUCGCGUCGCCGCCCGCAGCAGCAACCGUCCCAACCAGCGCAAGCGUCGCAGCAGCAAUCGGGUCAGCCGUACCCGAGUACACAAGCCUACCAUGGCACGCAGCAACCCCCCUAUCAACAAGCCGGCCAGUUUCAAAGUAACCAGCCAACCCAGUACACCAGCCAGCCGCAGCAGUACCAAAAUCCACCACCGAGGAACCAUCACGAGAGAGGACGGCCUCCUAACCCACAUCAGCAACAGACCCAGCAGGGUGCCAUGCAGUACGGGCCACGUGGAGCCCCACCAUCUGGCCCUCGUGGUCCUCAGCCUGGCCCGCGCCAUCCGCAACAGGGUCAUCCGCAGUCUAAAAGAAGUCGCUACUUCAUAGCGCUUUUCGACUACGACCCAGCCACCAUGAGCCCCAACCCUGAAAGUUGCGACGAGGAGUUACCGUUCAGUGAAGGAGAUACUAUCAAAGUUUGGGGUGACAAGGAUGCCGAUGGAUUCUAUUGGGGCGAAUGUCGCGGGCGCCGAGGAUAUGUCCCUCACAACAUGGUAAUGGAGGUUUCUGAACAAGAGGCAACUGGUCAAGCUACAGCGGCUAAGCCACGGGACAGAUGGACCGACGCCUAUGCCACGCAGCCUGUACGGAGAAUGGUCGCCCUUUAUGACUACGAUCCUCAGGAGCUGAGUCCCAAUGUUGAUGCUGAUAGGCAACGAUUGCAGGCCGAGCUGAGUUUCCAGACGGGUCAGAUCAUUCACGUGUACGGCGAUAUGGACGAUGAUGGGUUUUACAUGGCCGAAAUUGAUGGCGUCAGGGGCUUGGUGCCGAGCAACUUCCUUACUGAUGCAAAUGAUCAGUACGCCUCCGCCGGACAGACCAGUCAAGGCGUUGCGGGCGGCGUGGGCGGCAUGGGCGGCGUUGCGGGCCCGAGGGGCGCGGGAGGGCCAUUGGCGGGCGCGGGCGCGGGGCGCGGGCGUGGCGGGAGCGCGGGCGCGGCGCCGGGGCCCGGCGCACGGGGCCCCCCGCCGCCACCGCGGGACAACGUCGCGCCCGCGCCCCGCAACCACCACCGAAAGGCAGAUGCCUGCCCUCUUCCCCCUUCUCAGUUAGACCACAACACAUGCGCCAGUAAUCCAGAACAGGCGAAUUCUCAGGCGAGGGCGAGAGGCGCGGUGAUCGCACAGCCAGCGAGCACGAUCGCGCGCACGAGCGCUGGUAACGCGGGCACGCCUACGGUACAGUCGCCGGGCACGGGCACGGUCGGCACGCCGCUGGGCAGCGCCGGCGCGGCCGCCGUGCCCGGCGUGUCCACCGCCAUCUCCAACGUGUCGCCCGCGCGCCGCGCUGGCCCCGCUGUGGUGCCCGCGCCCGCCGCCCAGCCUCUCCCCGCCGCGCAGCCUGUCCCCACCUCCCAACCAAACCUCAUGCAGAAGUUUUCCGAAAUGACUGCCCCCGGAGGCGACAUUCUCAGCAAAGGCAAAGAGCUCAUCUUCAUGAAGUUCGGUCUCGGAGGCAAAUAAUGUUGGCGGAGCGGGCCUCGAGCCCCCCUCGUCGUCGCCCCUCGUCCGAUAGUUCUUCGAGUGUGAACGACUCUCCGAACUGGCUCAUAUCCAAGUUCGGUACCUGGUUUGGAGUAUUGCUGCGACUGUUCUGGGAGUUCCGCCAAGGUUGUACGCGGGCUCCCAUCAUGGUGUUUUUUGAGAUUUUCUACUUGUAGGCCGGUCGAUUCACAAGUAUGAGAAUACUUAUUAAAUAGGGAAUGUUGUAAAUAAUAUAAAAUUCAAUAAACGCACAGUCUAGUGAAUAUUCAAGUAUUAGUGCUGUCUCGAUAGUACCCACAGUUGGAGUUUAAACACCUGAAAUUAGUUGUGUAUCAGAUGUUUUCUAUCUCUCGGACUUUUGCCCGUCUGUUAGGUUAGAUUAUGAGUGAAUUGUUUACACUUUAUUGCAUUGGAACUGCAUUUUUCAUAUAUAUAGGUAUGAAAUUAUAUAUAAAAGUUAUUGUCUAGUUACAAGUAUUAUUACUUCACACUCCUUGUGCGGCAUAGUAUUGUUGUGAUUUCUUAUAAUUAUGUUUACGAUCGCUAGUUGUGAGUUACUCUUUAAAGACUUCUACAAAUAUUCUAAUUUCACAUUAUGAAUCAAAGUUCAUUUUAUAACUAUUUCAUUAUAAAGAUAUUUAACAGGCACUGUGUCCCAUUGUUACCGUCCUAUUGACCAAUAAUAAUUUCUGUUAAUCUCAAUUGUCCGCCGGUAUAUCUACAUUACAAAAAUAUUCAAUCGUGUUCAACUAUAUUUAAUGAAUUGAUUAUAAUAAUGUCAUCUAGGUAACCACAAUUAGCAACUACUCGUUUAAGUUUUAAAAUAAAUGCUACAAAUACAUUGUAAUAAGGUAUCUACAUAAUAUACCUAUUCUUCAUAACAUUAAUAAUCAGGAUUUUCAUAUUGCAAGUACUUAAAUGUGGUAAUGAAUAAAGAUAGGUGCCUAAUAAAAUUUGACAUUACCCGUUUAUAAAGUCAACUGCUAAAAAUUGAUAACUUAAGAGUUAUGUAAGAGCAUUGAAUUUAUAUGCCUGGUCCCUUAAAUAUUCUCGAAAUAAUAAUAUUCUGUGAUAGUAGACGUGAUACCAUCUUUAUCAUCCUUGUAAUAUUAUAAUAAACUACUGCGUCAUUUAUCACUUAGAAAAUUUAUACUUACUUAACAUUUCAGAAACUUCCAAAUUAAUUGAAAUCGUUACCUACCUAUUUACAUGACCGAAUUUGAUGAUUUACGAUUCACCAAUUUUUUGUUUAUUUUUCAUAUUGAGCAUGUUUAUUUAAUAAUCUUAUCAAUUCUGAUAAUGUAAUUCAUUAUUUCUCAUAAUGAGAAAGGGAUUGAACUAUCUUGUUUAAAUAUAUAGGGUUCGUGAAAGGUAUAAAGAAAAUAAAGUUUUCUAUAUGAUAAGGAACCGACAAGACUGCUUGCAUGAAAGUUUUUUUUUUUGUUUAAGAAGUUACACUAUUUGUAUCUACUGCAAUUAAAAUGGUUCAUUGAAGUUAAUCAAGUUUACUCUCAUAUUGGAAAUUUUGACAAAUGUGAUUUAUAACGUGACGUAGUUGUAAAAGGUUAGCCCUGCAGAGCGACGUUGAAUCUAAAUAAUUUAUUAAUGUUCUAAAGUUGUUGUUGUAUAUAUUGACGGUAAGGUCGCUUGGGUUGUAGGCUAUUUCGAGAUUGCUCACUUCGUACAAGGGAUUCUCUAUUAAGUCCUCUAUAUGCUUCGUAUCUAUCCAACAUUCUCGUUCUCGUGUAUUUAAACUUUUCACAUAUAAAUAUCCAGAUUUAGCUUGCGAUUCCUAGUUGUAACCAUCGUAUGUAACAUGUAUAACCCCACUAUUUAGUCCGUUAUAUUAUAUUAAUAAAUAUAUAUAUAUUUAAACAUUGGUUGUACAUAAUCAUGCGUGCGCUGGGGUCAAAUAUUAUUAGCUAAGCACUGUGCUACAUAUCUACCUAUAUAACCUGUAUUUGAAGUUUUUCUAUCAUUAAUUAAUGGAUAUUCUAGAGUUAUUUCUAACACCGUUCAAGUUGUUCACUUGUUUAUACAUUGUUAUGAAUCUGUAUCCAUAUCUUUUAUCACGACAUGUAUAACUACGUGUAUGGUUAUUUAUACGAGAUAAUAUAAAAUAUGUAUAUUAAUCGUGCAUUUAUGUGUGCAUAAUUUAAUAUAAAGAGUUGUAUAUUACUUAUAAUUAUAAUGAAUUAUGGCAAACACUAUAAUGGAUAAAUCUUUAACAAUGUACCAAGGAAAAAUAUGCUGAUGAAGAAAAUAAAUAAUACAAAUGCCGCUUCUUUAUUUAAAGUAUUUUUACACAUUCAUACACACAAACGAUAUCUGUACACUCUACAUAAAAAAUAUAAUACCCCUUAACUGAAUACCUUAAAAGGCGAUACUGGCUAGCUAUUAAGUAUUAGUACCUGUUUGAUGUAUGAUAAAACGCGCAUAAUUACG